AUGACGUGGGAUUUACGCGCUCAGGUCUUGCAGACGCUUGAUCGGCUUCGAACGAACCCCGCAUCUGCCGCCGUCGCGCUUCUCGCCGUGUUGAUCUCGCUCGGACUGAUGAGGCUUUUCUCGCGGGCGCAGCGCUUCGAGGUGGCAGGGAAGCAUUGCUACAUUGGCGGAGGAUCCGAAGGACUUGGGUUGUCGCUCGCUUGCCAGCUUGCAGACCGCGGGGCGCAUGUGACGAUCGUGUCGAGGAGUCAGUCGAAGCUGGACAACGCUCUUCAGGAGCUCGAGACGCAUCGCCAGAACCCCUCGCAAGUCUUCCAGGCGCUGUCAUGCGACUUGACCGACCCAGCCGCUGCCGCGUCAACCCUCAGGAAAGCCUGCAAAGCCACACUCUCCUCCUCGCCAGACUACCUCUUCGCAUGCGCCGGCGGCUGCGUUCCCGGCUAUUUCGCCGAGAUGUCUGCCGAGCAGCACUGGCAGUGCAUGGAGUGGAACUUCAGGACGUGCUUGAACACGGUUCAUGAGGGAGUCAAGGCGAUGAAGGAGGAUGGGAAGAAGGGCGGACGGGUCGUCUUGACGAGCUCGGUGUUGGCGCUCAUGAGCUUUGCGGGCUACUCAAGCUACUCUCCAAGCAAGUAUGCGAUUCGGGGUCUCGCCGAAGCACUACGGAACGAGCUACAACUUUACGGCAUCUCGGUCCACCUCUUCCUCCCCGCCACCAUCUUCUCGCCCGGCUUUGAGAACGAGCAGAGGCUGAAACCGGAGAUUACGAAGAAGAUUGAGGGACCGGACGAGGGAAUGAAGCCGGACGCCGUGGCGAAGGAGCUGAUCAAGGGCGUCGAGCGAGGCGACUUCUACCUCACCUACGAACCAGUCGGCCACAUGCUCCGCAACAGCCGCGGUAUCACGCCUCGCAACAACGUUCUAUUCGAUUCUUUCUGGGCUCUCGUCGGUACUAUUGCGUUCCCCAUCUGGCGGCGGAUGUCUCCGGAUGGCGAGGUUAGUAAGGAGGCGAAGCGGAUACGAGGGCAGUAG